AUGUGUGGAUACCGUGAAAGAACUAAUAUACUCGUGCUGUUUGCGCUAACGACAGCUCAAAGUUUACCAAUUUACAACGGCUUUAGCGUGAAAUUCAGUCCUCUAUUGAAUAAGGAAGAAAUAAGACCUAAAACGUUUGGUGCCCUCUUCGCAAAAAUACCCCAAGAGCCGCGAGCUGCUCAAGAAGCUCUCCAAAGAAAACUUCUCUCUAAAGUAGAUGUCCUUGGUGCUGGGUGUACAAACCAAGUAGCUAAAAUCCUCUAUCAAACUCCUUUUGCUCAAAACAACAGCAUUAACUCAACAUUAACUGAGUCAAAUUACAUUAAUAUCCCAAUUAUUCAACAGCAAGUUGAAGAGUAUAAAAUUUUAAUAGCAGCAGCGCCACCUGAUGUGAAGAUUAAUGCAUUCGAUGACAGACCAUUGGUUGUAUAUAUCGUGUUUCCAAAUGACGCAUUCACAGAUAAUGUAAUAAUGCCAAAAAUAUAUUUCGUACAUGAAGCAAAGGGACACAUUGAUAUACAUAAAAAGAAGCUUGAUCCAAUGAUAUUAGUCGACCAUAAAAGAAAGGUGACGAACCUGAAGAGCAAUGAAAUUUCUAAAUUUGUUAAAUUCAGAAAUAAAUUGAUCAAUCAUUAUAGAAGUGUAAAUAAAUGA